AUGCCUGCACCCGCUAUGGUGUGUAAUCCAGCGAGUUGUCAACCUGGCUACACUUGCGGACAUUAUGGGUGUGCUAGGAAUAAAGCAAGAUCUGCACUCACCAAGAAGGAUGGAUUAAUUGUCUCAGUAGACGAAUAUGUUAACAAAACAUUGUUAAAUCCAAAAAGAAUAAUUUUCGAUAAAAUUAAAGAGAAAAAAUAUUUUUCUGAAAAUAAACAACAAGAGGAAUACGAAUUGGAUAAAAAUACAUUUUUGAAAUUAACGAACCCAAACUUUUUGUUUCGUCAAUGUUGUGAAGACCGAAAAUUGCCUGAUGUCUGUCUCCGGAAAUGUCAUUUUAAUACUUAUACAAAAGAGACGGCAAGUUUAAUUUAUUUAUUAUAA